AUGUCUAUAAGCAGCAUGAGACAAUUGCUGCAUGAUAAAUUGCAUCGCCACCAGAAAACAACUUCUUCUGCACCGGAAAACCCGACGCCGAUCGAAGACUCCUACUUGCAGUACAGAACUUCCAAUAUGCAAGCAAUCUACAAGGAUUUAUAUCCAUCGCCCGAGUCGGAUCCAGCAGAGGAAGAUGUACUUGUGCACAAGCGCAUGGAGGUGGCUAAGUCGGCACCUAGUCUCGAACGGGAGAAGAAAUGCUUUACAGCUGUCAACGAGCAGGCAGCCAAAGAACGUGAGGAAGCCGGUGUGAAGGCGCGCGACUUUGCGCAUGUUCUAUCAGUGGCAUGCCGAUCAAAAUGUCAGAAACUUGGGUAA